AUGAUUGAGUCCGCUUUCCUACUGGCCAAUGCGAGGGUAGUGAACUAUCCGAUCGUGUACGUAAACGACACCUUUACUCGACUGACCGGCUUCUCCAGAAGUGAGGUGAUGCAGCAGAGUGCGCUGUGUCCCUUCCUUCACGGCGAUCGCACUUCUCAGGACGCCGUGUCCCGCCUGCGAACAGCUCUUGAAGAUACGAAGUUGGAGCAGGUUGAAUUGACUUUGUACAGAAAGUCGAAAGCUUACGUCAGCUUUCCAUUGAUCAACUGUCGUUUGUUCUGGUUUACUUAA